AUGGGCAAUUUUCUGUUCAAAAGUGAUACUCUUGACUUUGCAGUACUACCAUCAGAAAAAAUAGAAGGUCCUUUAGGAUUGGGCUUUCCGGAUGAUGAUCGCCUAAAUAAUGUUGAAAAGGAGACAUUAAUACCCGCUCUAUGUAUGCAACACGUACGCAGAAAUCACUGUGCCAAAGAAUGGGGAGAACUUGCAGAAUGCUCUAAAAAGUGGCACUGGGCUUCAGUGGCUCUUUGUCGAAAAAUGUUUGAUGAUUCCAUGAACUGCAGCAAAAAAAUUCUUUCAGAUCCCGAAUUCCAAGAAGAAAUGCGGAAGCGUUAUUUAGAAUUACGAGCUACCUACCGAUCAACUGGCAUCGAGCCCAAAUACUAG